AUGGUAACUGAAGUCAAGAGAGUUAAAUUAGCUUCUUCUGAAGGAACAGAAUUUCAAGUAGAUAGGAAUGUAGCAGAAAGAUCUAUAUUAUUGAAGAAUAUGUUGGAUGACGUUGGAGAAAGUGAUUGCGCGAUACCAUUACCAAAUGUUACCGGACCCAUACUUACAAAAGUUAUAGAGUAUUGUACACAUCAUAAAGAUGAUCCGCCGGUUUAUUACGAAGAUGAAAAUAAGAAAGGAUCGGAAGAUAUCGAUGAUUGGGAUGCAGAAUUUUGUAAAGUGGAUCAAGGAACUUUGUUUGAAUUAAUUUUGGUGAAUAUAAAACCUCUUCUUGAUCUUACUUGUAAAACUGUUGCCAAUAUGAUUAGGGGGAAAUCAACCGACGAAAUUCGUAGAACUUUCAAUAUCGAAAAUGAUUUUACACCAGAAGAAGAAGAACAAGUGAAAUGUGAAAAUGAUUGGUGCGAAGAACGAUAA